AGCGGCCGGCCGACGGGCUGGAAAUGAAAAGUACAGCGCUCGGGAGCCACAUGGACCGAGCUGCCGGGGCGGCGGCGCCGGGAGCAGGAUGCGGCCGCCCGUAAUUAAAUAGCAUUUACUCUUAUUAUUACUAAUAAUAAUAACGUAAUCAUACCUCUAAGUCAUAGCAUACCAUUUAUCGGGCUCGGCGCCGGCCCGCGGGGAGCGCAGCCCGGCCGAGACACUGAUGGAGAGGCAGAAACGGAAGGCGGACAUCGAGAAGGGGCUGCAGUUCAUUCAGUCAACACUACCCUUAAAGCAAGAAGAGUAUGAGGCCUUUCUGCUCAAGCUGGUGCAAAACCUGUUUGCUGAGGGCAAUGACCUGUUUCGGGAGAAGGACUAUAAGCAGGCUCUGGUGCAGUACAUGGAAGGGCUGAACGUGGCUGACUACGCUGCCUCCGACCAAGUGGCCCUUCCCCGGGAGCUGCUGUGCAAGCUGCAUGUCAACAGAGCGGCCUGCUACUUCACCAUGGGCCUGUAUGAGAAGGCUCUGGAGGACAGUGAGAAAGCACUGGGCCUGGACAGCGAGAGCAUCCGGGCACUGUUCCGCAAGGCGCGUGCCCUCAACGAGCUGGGGCGCCACAAGGAGGCGUACGAGUGCAGCAGCCGGUGCUCCCUCGCCUUGCCCCACGAUGAAAGUGUCACACAGUUGGGUCAGGAGCUGGCUCAGAAGCUUGGGCUGCGGGUGCGGAAGGCUUAUAAGAGGCCCCAGGAAUUGGAAACUUUUUCUCUGCUUAGUAAUGGCACCAUGGCAGGUGUGGCAGAUCAGGGAACUUCUAAUGGACUGGGAUCUAUAGAUGACAUCGAAACAGACUGCUGUGUGGACCUGCGAGGCUCCCCGGCCCUGCUCCCCUCCACUCCCACAAUGCCCCUGUUCCCUCAUGUUCUGGACCUGCUGGCCCCCCUGGACGGCAGCCGAGUACUGCCCAGCACCGAGAGCCUGGAUGACUUUUCAGAUGGGGAUGUCUUUGGUCCAGAGCUGGACAGCCUGCUAGACUCACUGUCUCUGGUCCAGGGUGGCCUGCCUGGUAGCGGCGUGCCUAGUGAGUUGCCCCAGCUGAUCCCUGUGUUCCCUGGCGGGACCCCACUGCUACCACCUGUAGUGGGUGGCUCCAUCCCCGUGUCCAGCCCACUGCCUCCUGCUUCCUUUGGCCUCGUCAUGGACCCCUCCAAGAAGCUGGCUGCUUCUGUGCUGGAUGCCCUCGACCCCCCCGGCCCCACACUGGACCCCCUGGACCUGCUGCCAUACUCUGAGACCCGGCUAGACGCCCUCGACAGCUUUGGGUCGGCCCGAGGCUCCCUAGACAAGUCUGACUCCUUCAUAGAGGAGAGCAGCUCACAGGACCACCGUCCCCCGAGCAGUGCUCAGAAACCAGCCCCCUCGCCAGAGCCCUCCAUGCCCAACACCGCCUUGCUCAUCAAGAACCCCCUGGCUGCCACCCACGAGUUCAAGCAGGCCUGCCAGCUGUGCUACCCCAAGACAGGCCCCAGGGCCGGCGACUACACGUACCGCGAGGGCCUGGAGCACAGGUGCAAGCGCGACACCCUCCUCGGCCGGCUCCGCAGCUCUGAGGACCCGAGCUGGAAGCGCAUCCGGCCGCGGCCCACCAAAACCAGCUUCGUAGGCUCCUACUACCUGUGCAAAGACAUGAUGAACAAGCAGGACUGUAAGUACGGAGAUAACUGCACCUUCGCCUACCAUCAGGAGGAGAUUGACGUGUGGACGGAGGAGCGGAAGGGCACCCUUAACCGUGACCUGCUCUUUGACCCUCUGGGGGGUGUUAAGCGUGGCAGCCUCACCAUCGCCAAGCUCCUCAAGGAGCACCAGGGCAUCUUUACCUUCCUUUGUGAGAUCUGCUUUGACAGUAAGCCUCGGAUCAUCAGCAAAGGCACCAAGGACUCUCCGUCUGUCUGCUCCAACCUGGCUGCCAAGCACAGCUUCGACAACAACAAGUGCCUGGUGCACAUCGUCCGCUCCACCUCCCUCAAGUACUCCAAGAUCCGCCAGUUCCAGGAGCACUUCCAGUUUGAUGUGUGUCGUCACGAGGUGCGCUACGGCUGCCUGCGGGAGGACAGCUGCCACUUCGCCCACAGUUUCAUCGAGCUCAAGGUCUGGCUACUGCAGCAGUACUCAGGAAUGACCCACGAAGACAUUGUUCAGGAAUCCAAGAAAUACUGGCAGCAGAUGGAAGCCCAUGCGGGAAAGGCCAGCAGUAGCUUGAAUGCCCCGAGGACACAUGGGCCCAGCACCUUUGAUCUGCAGAUGAAGUUUGUGUGUGGCCAGUGCUGGAGGAAUGGACAGGUGGUCGAGCCUGAUAAGGACCUCAAGUACUGCAGUGCCAAGGCCCGGCAUUGCUGGACCAAGGAGCGGCGGGUCCUUCUGGUGAUGUCCAAGGCCAAGAGGAAAUGGGUGUCGGUGAGGCCGCUGCCAUCCAUUCGCAACUUUCCACAGCAAUACGAUCUCUGCAUCCAUGCACAGAACGGUCGCAAAUGCCAGUAUGUGGGGAACUGCUCCUUCGCACAUAGCCCCGAGGAGAGGGACAUGUGGACGUUCAUGAAGGAGAACAAGAUCUUGGACAUGCAGCAGACCUAUGACAUGUGGCUGAAAAAACACAACCCAGGGAAGCCCGGUGAAGGGACCCCCAUCAGCUCCCGGGAAGGGGAGAAGCAGAUCCAAAUGCCUACUGACUACGCCGACAUCAUGAUGGGCUACCACUGCUGGCUGUGCGGCAAGAACAGCAACAGCAAGAAGCAGUGGCAGCAGCACAUCCAGUCCGAGAAGCACAAGGAGAAGGUCUUCACGUCGGACAGCGACACCAGCGGCUGGGCCUUCCGUUUCCCCAUGGGCGAGUUCCGGCUCUGUGACAGGCUCCAGAAGGGCAAGGCCUGCCCAGAUGGGGACAAGUGCCGCUGUGCCCACGGACAAGAGGAGCUCAACGAGUGGCUGGACCGCCGCGAGGUGCUGAAGCAGAAGCUGGCCAAGGCCCGCAAGGACAUGCUUCUGUGCCCGCGGGACGACGACUUCGGCAAGUACAACUUCCUGCUGCAAGAGGACGGGGACCCCGCUGGUGCCAGCCCAGAAGCCCCUGCUGCCACCACAGCUGCCACGACCAGCACCACCACUUCCACUGGGGAGUAGGGCCAGGUCUCCGCCUUGAGCCAAAUCCUGGGGGGUGGGGAGGUGGGGCCGGAGGGUCUGAUGAAAUGGCCAGGGCAGGCCGGCUGGAGGUGGGAGGACAGGCAGCCCCCAAGGUCCUGUGGGAUCCUGCCCAUCCUUCCCACCCCUACUGCGCCACAUGUGCAUACCCAGGUCACAUGCUGCAGCCCCAAGUGAUCCUAGGGUCCCUGUCCAGGCAAAACGGAGGCAGUUCCUCCCCUACCUUGGCUCUCCUGGUUGGGGAGGGAGGGGCUUGGCUGACCCCUCCAGCUUCAGCCUACAGCUUUAAUUUGUCUGCUCCAGAAGGGGGCCCAAAGCUCAGGGCUGGGGAGCCUGGGGUCCCAACUUGAAUCUGCAGCAAAAGGGUCCUUCUCUUUUUCCCCUUUCUCCCUAUUCUCUUCCCUGGGGGCAGAUCCGGACACAACAGAGGGCAGGAGGCCCUGAUUAGCUUUAAAAUUCAGCCCCAGGAUGGAGCUGGGGACACUGUAGUGGUCACUUAGCUGCCCAGUGCCUCAGUUUCCUACCCGGGUUGGAAGACGGUAUGACAGCCAGGACUGGAACUAGAUGGUGCUCCUGACACCACCGCCACCAGCCCUGUCCUUCACAGGCCACUGGUGUAGACUGGACAUCCUUGGUCUUCAGAGCUGGCCCACCCAAACCCCAAACACAAACAGACCUAGCAGGAGGAAUCAUUUUCCCCAAGGUCUCCAGCCCCCAUCCAUCUCAGCAGCACUGGUCUUGGUUGGAAGGCCGAGUCGGUUAGUGGCUCGAGCUCCUCAGCUCUAUGUAGCAUCAUCCCAAGAGCUGGGGAAGGGCUGCUCACAGGGGAGUUAGUCAUGUUGGCACCUCAUGGAAAGUCAGCUCCCCUGCUAGUGACGGCUGUUGGUGUAAGCAGCGAUUAUGUCCCCAAACACUCUCAUGGACAGCUGGCAGGGCAGAGAGCAAGGCACCACGGCCUCAGGCUCUGAGCAAGGUAGAUGGCAUGGGGAAGAGUCCAGGCAACAUGGAAAGAAGGGAGAAGAUUCUGGUCUCCAUGUGCCACUAUGGGACACAGCUCCUCUUUCCUGAGAACCAGUGAAGUCCUUCCCUAAGACCUAAACAUGCUGUUAGACUCAUCUUCCGCAGCCCCACCCUGAUGCCCAGCCCUGCCAGCUGCCUAGGACCCUAGCUGACCCCCAGCCUAUGCCCCCACCCACCAAGGCCUCUCCCGUCGUCUGACAUGUCUAUGUGCAUCCAGCCCUCCAGCCCACUCCCCAUGGGUAGACCCAGCCUCCCUUGGUUCCCCAGACAUUCCAGAAUGCCCCACACCAUUGGCACAAGGAGUGGGGCACCCCUAGAAGGAACCAGGGACUGAGGUUAGCGGGGAGUGAGAUGGAGAGAAUGGACACCCUGUAUUUCCCCCCCAGCCAGGAUCGCUAGUGCUCGAUGACAUAAUGAUGGGUGCCCUGGGCACAGAGGACUUGGUUCCUCAUGCUGCCAUUGCCCACCCUUCUCCUGAUAAUCAUGGCAUGCACCCUUCCCUCUCCCAUGCCCCCUGCCCCUGCCCCCAGCGGGCCAGCACCACAGUUUGGGUGCUGGCAGUGUGGCUGGAGGGGAGGAGAGACCACACCCAAGGUGGGGGCUGUGGCUGUGAAUGUUGGUGACCCUUGUUCUCCCGACCUGUGAUGUUGCAGUCUGUCAUCACCAGCCUUGUUUUUAGUGUGUAUAUAUGUCGCUCCCAUGAUGCAUAUAUACACAGGUAUUAAAUAUAUCGCUCUAUAUAAUAUUAUAUAUGUGUGUGGUAUCCAAGGAAUCUCUUCUAAUGAGGGAGGGCUAAAGAUAAAGAAUUUGGAGAGAAACUGCAGACAUGUUUGCCGGCUUUGGAGGUCACCUGCUUACUUGAGGGAACUGAGACUAGAGCCAUGGCUCACAGGUGACCUGGCCAGAGGGGCAAGGUGGCCACACCUGGGUCCCGUUCUGCCUGCGGGUUCCCAUACCACCCAUGUAUAAAUGAUAGAGGUGGAAUGAUCCAGAAAAUGAUUGGUGUUUUUCUCCCCACAAAGGAGAAGGAUGAGUAGAGUCUCCAUCGUUAGCUUGUUAUCUGUCCAGGAGACCCAGGGAUCCAGGCUCCGUGGCCUUCCAGACCUGGAUCCCCCACAGGGUAGAAGAGCAAGUGGGAGGCCAUGGGAGGGGUGUGGAAGACAACAAAACGCUUACUGAUUGAUGGUGGUAGUGAAUUCAGAUGCCACAUCCCCUCCAGGGCCUCUGGAUGGGAGGUUCAGAGAGUUGAAGCUGGACCCAUGCCCACCCCUGGCAAGCAGCGACAAGAUGGCCUAGUGGACACGGGGCUGGGACAGCAUGAGGAGGGAGGGAGCUGCAUUUCUCCAUUGGGCAGAAUUCAUUUAAUGAUCUUUUUAAAAUGUUUGUGUAUUAAAAAAAUUUAAGAAUACCACACUUUAAUAUUAAAUAUCAUAAGGUCUAGUAUCUUGAUAAUAAUGUAGAUGUUUUAAUAACAAUUUUUGUCCUUCUUAAAAUAAAAUGAAAGAAACUUCUUUUA